AUUGUAAUCUGUAGCUAGUAUUAGUGGUAUGCAGAUAUUAAACAUUGAAAUAAGCCGAAGAGAGGAAAAAAUCAGUGGCUCAAUCAGUGCUGGAAUGACUGAAAGCGGAACCAUAGUAUCAAUCAGAGUUUCCCACCGAACCUAAAAUAACACCGCUGUAGUUUUGAGCCGCAGCAGCGUUAGCUGAGACUGCCCUCAGCAGAGCCGCGGUUUAUCUGUCUCUGCACUUUCUCCGCUCACACUCAGGCAUGGCGGGGUCGGACCUGGUGAAAACGGUGCUCUACACCAUCAACACUUUACUGCAGCAGGAGAAAUACAAAGCUGCCCUGGCUGUCCUGAAGGGAUUCAGGAAUGGCGCUGUAUAUGGUGCCAAAAUCCGUGCCCCACAUGCCCUGGUGAUGACUUUUCUUUUUAAAAGUGGCAGCUUGAAAUCCAAAUUGAAAGCGAUAGCCCAGGCAACAUACACACACUCUAGGAACCUAGCCUUCUUUGUGUUCACAUAUAAAGGACUGCAGGCACUCCAGCAGCGGAUUCAGGGGAAGAGUCUUCAGUCUCACUCUUUCUUAGCAGCUUGUCUUGGGGGUUGGCUUAUAUUUGGAGACAAUAACAAUAUUAACAGCCAGAUAAACAUGUACUUGUUGUCUAGGAUUCUGUUUGCCUUGUCUCGGCUGGCUGUGGAGAAAGGCUAUAUUCCCCAGCCCAAGAGGGACCCAUUCCCACUGUUUGCCACCGUGGUGUGGGGCAUCGUGCUCUGGCUGUUUGAGUACUACCCCCACACCUUGCAACCAUCUCUCCAGUCCUCCAUGACUUAUCUCUAUCACGACAGCAACGUGUGGCACGAUGUGAAUGACUUUCUCAUAUACAACAAACCACGGACUUAAGGGAGGUUACCCUUCAUAUAUUUUUCUCUUUAGAGAAAAACAUUAAGAGUACAGCACCAGUGAUCACUGUAGAAUGGGUUUUUUGUUUGUUGUUUUUUUUUUAUGAUUGAUUGAUCGGUCUUCUAUUGACAAUUCCUUUAGGACUUGAGUAAAUGAAUGAUGGGAGUGUAAUUUCUAAUCACUAGUGCGCCUUAGACAAACUUAUUGGACAUACAUGACUUGAAAGUGUUCAUCUUGCAGAUGUUUUUGCAUUUUUCACAUUUGUGGCCUGAUGCUGAGAAGCACAAUUAGAGUGAAAGAAAGAGACCUCAAUUCAUGUAUUUAUUAAGGAGUAAUAACUAAAUGUGUACUGAAUGUCUCUAUGUAGGAACAAAAGUCCUGCUUUGUCUAUUAAAUGUUUAAGUAAUGUUUCACAUUAUCGAGUGAAAUCUCUGGCACUGCCCCUUUGCUAUAUGCACAGAUGUUUUCAGUUAAUGGCUUUUGUGAAGUUUCAGUCCAAGUCGUAGGCCUCUCUGUGUGGUUCAGGGAUGCUGACUUAUGCAAAGCUUUGAAUAAAUAGUUUGCCUUUUUGUUAUAAAUGCAGUAUUUGUUUACUGCUUGCCUGGUCUGGAUAUACCAGAACCACAUUCAGCAUGGUUGGACCAUUGUGUGAAAGUGACUGCUUAAUGUAUUUAGCAUUUUUCUGAAGAACAUUGCUUUUUUUGCCAGUUUGUUUGAUUAGUGCUUUUAAGUAGUAGCAACUUUACAGUAAUAAAUUCUUCUGAGAAGUGACUGCCUCAGUGGAGCCCUGUCACUUUAACAUAAUUUUUGCUAUGCUUCAAAACAAUAAGUAAGAUCAGGAAAAAUGUGCAAAAUGCAGAAUACAUUCUUGUGUUAUCUGUUUGACGGUACUGUAUUAAAUUGUUGUUAUUAGUGGGGAAGAUGCGUACAAAAGAGUAGCAGGUAUAUCAAUCUGUUUACACUCCUCCAUAUCCAAAUACUCAUGGUUUGAGUGUGUGUUUUUCUAUUAUGUGCCAGUAGAGGUCAUUGUUGUGCCAGCAGAGAUGGGGACUUGAGUUUAAUGUUGACUCCCAUCAUUUGCUGGUUACUCAAAUUCACACUCUUAGCCAAAAAAUGGUCCUUUGAUUUGGACCAGUGCUGGAAGCAUUCUUUCUACUAAGGGUUAUUUAAAGAACCACAUAGAGCAUUUUCACCAUCAUGUCUUUGUACUAAAGGUUAAAGGUUAUUUGAAGAAACAUAUAGAACAUUUUCUCCAUCAUGUCUUUGUACUAAAGGUUAAAGGGGGGAUGGUUUAAUUCAACCAUUUAAAUGGUUCUUUGAGCUGUCAAAUUUAGCUCUCAAACAGCCUUGAAUUAUGUAAGCCACCAUUACCAGAUAGACCCACAACAGUUCUAACCUGUAGUGAGCAAGUGUGCAAGGUAUAAUGAUGUAAUAUCACUGAUACAAAUAAAUAGUCUAGACUUUAUGCUUUAUGGACGCAACAGCAUUUCGCAUUAGUCUAUGAGUCAGAUGAAGUUUAAUAAUAAAGUAAAAGGCUUUAAUGGUGAAUCAUUGUCAUUUCAGUUUAGUCAAAGGCUGGUCUCAGUCCAUAUAUAGAAAACCGUUUUCCAUUGCCUGAUGCAGAUGUUGUCACAGGAUGCCGUCAUUAAGUUUCGUCAGCCAACGAUCGUUGUGUUGCCUUACGCAAGCACAUGUGCCAUCUCUCUCAUUAUGUAAGGUGGCGUUUCUAUGAGACAUUAUUAUUAUGAAAUAAUAACUAAAUCAGCUGUGCUUUAUUUAUAUAGUGUGUUCAUUUAAAUAAUAAAAUAAUAAUGGUAUUUUCAGUGUUUUGGAGAUAAUUUCUGAUUCCUGGGGAAUAUAAUGCUACAUUUGUUAUUUAAUUAUGUGUCUUUUUAAAAGACAUUUUAUUUUUAGUGAUUUAAUAAAUUAUUUAGUGCAGUUUGUGGUGCUGAGGAUAGUGCUAUAUAUUAUCGCUAUUCUAAUGUGUGAUUAUGCAGUUUACUAAAAAAAUAAAACUAAACAUUGUGUAAUAUACAAAUAAAACAAUAUAAUUUAA